UAGAAGUUCAAUUAAAAUUAUAUUUGCAGAUGUCGUUUGCCACGAAAUUACUGCUGAAUAGCACACGCCUGUGGAAUGGCAUCGGCAUCAGCUGUAGAUUCCACACGCUCAUGCGUCCAAUAGCGCCGGCUGAAACACUCACGACCGCAAUCAACCACAACCAAUCACUGACACCCACAGCAAAUUUACAGCAAGGCCUGUUGGCGCCCUUCAAUGCUCUGUUGCAACAAGUAGCUGGCUUUAAAGUAAAGGGUCGCCUAAAGCGUCGCUGCAAGGACUGCUACGUCGUGAUACGCCAGGAGCGCGGUUAUGUCAUCUGCCCAACGCACCCUCGACACAAACAAAUGGCGAUGAAGAAGCGAGACUACAAAUCGUGGAUACUAACGCAUGCCACGCAGUCUAAGGAACGCGGCUUUUAGUAAUAAUAGCUCGGCAUUUAACCGGCAAUGCCCCAAUUACCUGUUUGUUGUCUAUGAAAGUAAAAUCCUAUAAAAAGAUGCAA